AGAGGGAGAGAUGAUAUGAGAAUGAGAAGAAAAGAAAGAAAACUGAAAAUGUCGGCCCCAAGCUAAAUAGUUGAUGGAAGAAUACACGUUCAAAACUUGAGUAAAUUCUAUGAAAACUGAUAAUGAUAGGACUUUCCACAGGGGGGAAUUUGUACCCAACAGUUUCUUCACAAGAAGGUAUACAUUUUUGGCUACCUUUGUGAUUGUAAUUAUUGAUUGGACAGUGACAUAUCUUCGGACAUUGCAUGGUGGUGGGAGAUACAAGAUACAAAUGCGUUUAUUUGAUUUAUAAAAUUGUGUGAUAAAAUGUGUACAAUAAUAUCGCUGUGUUUGUGACUGUAAUGAUUUGGUGUUAUUAAAUAAUAAACAAAAGGUUAUGUCACCCCUGGGCUGGGUUAAGCACUAGUAAUGUCUGGAAUAACAACAAAUGCACCUUCUUCUGCAGAUGCUUGUCUGAGCAUUGUACACAGUCUUAUGUGUCACAGACAAGGAGGGGAAAGCGAAGGAUUUGCAAAACGGGCUAUUGAAUCCCUCGUUAAAAAAUUAAAAGAAAAACGUGAUGAGUUAGAUUCUCUUAUAACGGCCAUUACUACUAGCGGCGCUCAUCCUAGUAAAUGCGUUACUAUACAAAGAACAUUAGAUGGGCGAUUGCAAGUUGCUGGCAGAAAAGGUUUCCCACAUGUGAUAUACGCCAGAAUUUGGAGAUGGCCAGAUUUACACAAAAAUGAACUGAAGCACGUCAAGUACUGUCAGUUUGCGUUUGAUUUGAAGUGUGACUCCGUCUGCGUAAAUCCUUAUCACUACGAGAGGGUAGUUUCACCUGGUAUAGACUUAUCAGGAUUAACAUUACAAUCAGGUGCUCCUAGAUUAGUUAAAGAUGAAUACACAGCUGGACCUGUACCAUGCAGCAGUAUGGAAAUCGAUGGAGAGAUAAGCAUGAAUGUUUCUCAGACUAUUCAACAUCACCCGCCCCAGCAAAACUUCACUCUAUCCGGACUUCAGCCUGCUCCAACAAGUGAUCCCGGAAUGUAUAAUACUUCAAAUAGACCAGUUUUGGGACCUUCUACUGUGCCCAAAAUUGAAGGUGGACCCGACACUUGUUCCCGAUCUAAUUGGUUGCCACACAUGCAUUUACAUCGUCAGAAUCAAGUGUCGUCUACUUCACUAAACACCCAGCAACAGCCAGGAGGUUCAGGCACACCGAUACAUGUUGCUCCACCUGGACACAACAGCCAACAGUUUUAUAAUGCCACCCAAACACCUGGAGUUCCAGAUCGACCUGCACAGGAUGCGCUGUCGCAAAAUAUUGCAAGUAACUCCCCUGUUUCGCCACACCUACAGCAAAAUGGCUUUAGCAACUCGUCAAAUACCGCAGUUGCAGCUAGUACGAGUGGAACUGUUUCGGGUACGCAGCCUACACCCACUAUGGGUCAAGCUUUUACAGGUGCUGGUGGUACUUGGACAGGCUCAAACACUUUAACUUAUACACAGUCAAUGCAACCACCUGAUAACAGAAAUCAUCACACUGCUUACUGGAAUCACAAUUCAUCAAACCAAAUAGGUUCUGAGGUUAAUAUUGCGGGCCUACUAUCAUCACAGCCAGCUCCAGAGUACUGGUGUUCUGUCGCGUAUUUCGAGUUGGACUCUCAGGUCGGUGAGACAUUCAAAGUCCCUUCGAAUUGUCCUAAUGUGACAAUCGACGGUUACGUCGAUCCAUCAGGUGGGAACAGGUUUUGUCUAGGAGCGUUGAGCAACGUCCACAGGACGGAGCAGAGUGAAAGGGCACGUCUUCACAUUGGCAAAGGGGUGCAGUUAGAUUUACGAGGUGAAGGAGAUGUUUGGUUACGUUGUCUGAGCGAUCAUUCAGUAUUUGUUCAAAGUUACUAUCUUGAUCGAGAGGCGGGCCGUCAACCUGGUGAUGCCGUUCAUAAAAUCUAUCCUGCAGCGUACAUAAAGGUAUUUGAUCUGCGACAAUGCCAUCAUCAGAUGACGACGCAAGCUGCAACUGCGCAAGCCGCGGCUGCCGCACAAGCCGCUGCUGUAGCUGGCCACAUACCAGGACCGCACUCUGUGGGAGGCAUUGCUCCGGCUAUAAGCUUAUCAGCAGCGACAGGAAUCGGGGUUGAUGACUUAAGACGCCUUUGCAUAUUGAGGUUGAGCUUUGUCAAAGGCUGGGGACCAGAUUAUCCGAGACAGUCUAUUAAGGAGACCCCUUGCUGGAUUGAGGUACAUCUACACAGAGCAUUACAGUUGCUCGAUGAAGUUUUACAUACAAUGCCAAUUGAUGGACCUAGAGGCAUCGAAUAAAUUGCCCUUAUGAGUGUUGUUCUGCACGUGAACUAGAGUAGAUGUUGCAGUCGGUUAUUACAGAUUGUAUUGAAUGUUGUUUGGUAUUUAUUCAGUGACUCUUUUGAAUGAAAAAAGAAAAUGGUGCUAUUGAAGAAAAUGUUUUGUUGUAAAAAUUGAAUUUUGUAUCGGAAAAUGAAUUUAUGUAAAUGCUUCUAUGAAUUACAGAGUGACAAUUACAAACCAGUUAAGCAGUAAGGCAAUGGUCGGUUCGAUACAAUCUAUAAAGUUGUCUAAAUUUUAUCUGAGAAGUGAGUUACUGUCAAAUUUGGUGCAGAAAAAUUGUUUGGUCUGUGAACAGUAUACUGUAGUUUUAACAGUAAGAUUGUAUAUUACGCUUAUGUAGUACUCUAAUGAAUAUUUUCAAUCGUUAUUCAGGCUAUUUCCGUAUAUUUAUUAGCUUUUAUUUGACAGAUACAAGAGGCACAAUGUUUAGAUAUCUAGGAAGAGCCUGCACUAAUAUAUGUAGCUUUUAAAUUAUUUAUAUGUAAUUGAGUUUAUAAUUCAAAUUUAUAUUUUUAUAAGUAUAGAAAGAAAAGUCUAUAUUUUUACUAAUAUAGAGUAACACUGCUUGUAUCUAAUAGAUGCUGAAGAAUUUUUCGGUAAUUGAUGAUACAAGAGUAUAAUUACAUUAAAUACACACAUACACACACACAUCUGCAGUAAUUUUUCAAGAUAGUGAACGAUAAAAAAAAAAGUUUGGAAUUUGUUAGAAUUUAAAUGUGUUUGCAAUGUAUAAAUUUUGGUUUCUAGUAUAAAAUCAUAUUAGUUACAUUAAUAUAUAAAGGAAAUAUAUGUUGCAUUUGAUAGGAACCGGAAAAAAUAACUAUAAAAUGAAUGAAGGUAGUCCAGAAAUCCAGAAGUAUAAAGUAAAUGGGAAAAUGAUUAUUGUAAUAAAACAUUGAUUUUUC